CAACCAAUCCUAUCUUCUAUUCUUCUAUCUCAUUCUCUCUAUUUAGUUUUGUUUUUGGGGGAAGGAAACUGCUUCUUGAAAACUGAAAAGAAAGCACAAAAAAGAGAAAGUGAGGGAGAAUUUAAUUCUUUAAUUCCUUCCCACACCUCAACAAGUGCUAGCAUGAGGGGUGGUGCAAUCUUUAGAAGAGACAAGUUUAUAAACUUUUUCUCCCUUUAAUUUUAUAUUUAAUUAAUAAUUAUUACUACUUACUUUAUUAUUAGAUCCCUCUUUUGAAGUACAUACUCAACCCUUCUAUCUCUCACACACACACACACACAAACACAACUUUCUAUCUUUCUCUUUUUAGUUUUUGUUCUAUUUGUUUUAUAGAACAAGAGAAAAACAAAGGAAGGAAAAGAAGAUAUCCAUAAGUGGAAUAUGAAUGUGUGAGAAGGAUAAUAAACAAUAAGGAGAAAUGACUGAGUGCAAUGAACAUGAAAACAAUCAUGGCAACAUCAUAGUGGAGGGAAGAAAAGACAGUUUAAUUAGAACUUGUCCAACAUGUGGUCAUCACAUCAAAUGCCAAGAUCAGGGUGGUGGACUUCAUGACUUACCUGGACUUCCAGCUGGAGUGAAGUUUGAUCCAACAGAUCAAGAGAUUCUUGAACAUUUGGAAGCAAAAGUGCGAUCUGAUAUUCACAAGCUUCACCCUUUAAUUGAUGAGUUCAUCCCAACUCUUGAAGGAGAGAAUGGAAUCUGCUAUACUCAUCCAGAGAACUUGCCAGGAGUAAGCAAGGAUGGGUUGAUCCGGCACUUCUUCCACCGGCCGUCGAAAGCAUACACAACCGGAACAAGGAAGAGGAGGAAGGUGAACUCGGACGAAGAGGGAAACGAAACCCGUUGGCACAAAACAGGCAAGACCAGACCAGUCUAUAUUAGGGGGAAGCUGAAAGGAUACAAGAAAAUCCUUGUUCUCUACACAAACUAUGGUGGGAAGCAAAGGAAGCCAGAGAAAACCAAUUGGGUGAUGCACCAAUACCACCUUGGCAAUGAUGAAGAGGAGAAAGAAGGGGAGUUGGUUGUUUCCAAAGUGUUCUACCAAACACAUCCUAGACAAUGUUCUUCACUCUUGGUCAAUAACAACAAAGACUCUUCAACAACACUUGUCAAGGGUAAUAAUAAUAAUGGGUUUGUUGAGUAUUACCAUUCAAAUUUCAUAUCAUUUGAUCAAGGGGAACACCAACAUAGAUCUAGUGGGGCUCAAGUCGUCAUUUCACAUUUUCCUCUCCAUGAAGCUGCUCCUAAUUAUCAUUCUUUGAAUCAAAAGGAGUAGUGUAGAAAAAAUAGUAAAUUACCAUUUUAUCUAUGAAAGAAUUAGCUUGCUGAUAAAAUGGUUUUCUGGAGAUUGAUAAUUAUUUUAUGGUACUCGAUUUUUUUUUUUUGUUUAACAAAAUUACUUAAAGCAAUCAUAAUUUGUUGUUGUUGAAAUGGUAAUUUAUUUGGGGAAAUAGACAUAUAAGGUGAAAGAGUUUGUGAAAAGAGCUGAGGAGAGGAAAAUCAUAAAUAGGAGUUUUUUUUAUAUAAUAUUGAGGCAUUAUUGUAACAUAUUAUGAAAAGUAGUUAAGAGGGCACAUAAGUGAACAAUAAUAAUUAUUAAUAAGGAGAGAAUUUUGUUCA